GAGCUUUGGGUGUGGCGCGAGUGGGCAUAGUUAUGCGGCGGUUGUGCCGCUUUUGGUUUUGGUUCCUUCGGCGCUGUUUAUUUAUGUUUCGCUUAUGCUUUAUGCUUUUACUCGUUAGAAUGAUUGAUGCAAAUAGGAAACAAUGUUUUGUAUGGUGUGUUUGAAAAUGAGAAUGAUUCUUGUGCUGAUUCUGAGAUAUGAUUCUCAUUUAGAUAGGGAUUGUGUUAUCUGGAAUAAUCAACGGGUGGAUUCAUAUAGAUUCGAUCCCAGGACAUCAUGGGUGUUAGAUUAUGCUGGAUUCUCAUUUAGAUUUUGCUUUUUUUUUUUUUUGUUUAAUUAAGUUUAGAUGAUAUUCUUAUUUAGAUGGUGAUUAGGCAUGAGGAACAAUCAACUAAUGGAUUCAAACAGAUUCAAUCCGAGAACGUGGGUGUUAGAUUAUGCUUUUCUGAUGCUUGUUUGGUUUUGAUAUCUUGGAUAUUGAUUAAGCUGAGUUACUGUACAAAGAAGCUUUUUUUUAAAUUCUACUUGGAAUCAAACAUCAAAAGCGAGAAACUUUUAGAUGUCCCGCCUUUGGAUUAGAGUUUUUUCAGCUGUUUCUAGCUUUUGUCUCUCUCUCUCUCUCUCACGUAUCAGUUGCGUUGAGAACUGAAGGACCUAAGGAUCUUUAUGAGGUGAUCUUUAGCUUAGAGCUGUUUGGUUUGAUCUCUUGGGAUAUUGAUAAAGCAGAGUGACUGUACAAAGGUGGUUUUUUACACUAUUUACUUGGAAUCUAACAUCAAAAGUGAGAAAUUUUCAAUGUCUCUCAUUUGGAUUAGAGCCUCUUUUCAGCUGUGUUCCUAGCUCUGUGUCUCUCACACAUCGCUAGAGCGCUUAAGCUGAGUUCUAUUCUUCAGUUGCUUUGUGGACCUAGAGCACCUAACUUAAAGCUUAAUUCUUGCUGAAGGCUCAUUAAGGCCUUUGACAAUCGUUUUCUUCAAGUACAAUACUUGGUUUCUUAUUAUUGCCUAUUGGUUUGUCAUGUAAAAAAACCUCUUUGCUUUCCCAAGGGUUUUGAAAUGAUUAGCUAGAAGAUUAAGGGCACUCUGACCUUACUUUAGAUUAUAAUAACUAUACACUUUGAGGCCCUUAAUGCGACUGAUUAGGUGAAGUCAUUACUAUGUUCCUUUAGUGCUUCUUCCACUACUUUCUAUGUGGAUUUUCUUUGAUCCUCCGGACAUUUCAAUUGCUAUAAAUCUCAGGCUCCACAAUGAGUAUAUGCAUAUACAAUCUUCUUCAAGAAUGGAUACCUACGUUUUAUCUCGCCUUCUCGUCCUAGUUCUCUGCAUCUACAGCCUUAAAACCGCGGUCCAUGGAGCUGGAGAAUGCGGGAGGAACCCUCCGGAUAGAGAAGCCAUAAAGCUGGCUCCUUGCGCAAUGGCUGCACAAGACAAGUCUGCUAAAGUGUCGGCAACUUGCUGUGUUCGAAUUAGACAAAUGGGGAAGAACCCCAAAUGUCUUUGCGCUGUCAUGCUCUCCUCUACGGCUAGAAACUCUGGAGCAAAGCCAGAGAUCUCAAUGACCAUUCCUAAACGCUGCAACAUCGCUGAUCGCCCCAUCGGUUACAAAUGUGGAGCUUAUUCUCUGCCUUGAUGUAGCCGACAGAGAGCAAUAAACAUACUUUGAAACCAGUCUAAAAUCAUGUGUAUUACUUGGUUUCAGUAAUAAAAUUUGAUCAAACACGAUUGUUGGUCAUGAAAAUAUAACUAGUUACUAA